AUUGACUGUUUCUUAACUUCCUUCUGCAGCUCCAAAGCAAACCGGCCGAGCAGUCGCACACCCGCGAAUCCAAUUCCGUUUCCUCCGUCUUUUUCAUCCUCCAGUUCCCUCUUUUCUUUAUCUUUUGUUCUUCGAAUUCAUCGUCGCAAUUCAUCCUCUGAAUAUCGAAUCUCGGAGGCAAUCAAACGCAAUCCUUUCAUUCUACGCAACCUUUGUCUCUCCAUAUGGCCGCCGCAGCGCCACCGGCGUACCCUGCCAAUCUGCAGAUCCCCGUGGAUCUGUUCGCGUCGAGGAACCGCUGGGGCCUCAUCUGCCGCGGCGAUCUCAGAUUCACCGACGCCUCGGGCAAUCUCGUCUUCGUAGUCGGCAGUUACUCUUCCAACUCGGCUGUUCCUCCGAACAAGCGACUCUUGCUUGACCCCGCUGGAAAUGUCCUCAUCACCAUGGACCGUAACAGCAAUGGAUCUUGGCAAGGAUUUAAGCAGGACACGCAGUUGAUAUUUAGAGUGGAGAGGAAACUCAAGACAUUCUCUAAAACUGAAUUAGAGGUGUUCCUUGUUGGUGAAAAUCGUGGGGGCUUAGAUUCUAGCUUCAAGAUGAUAGGUUGUCCCUUUCAGAGAUCUUGUACCAUCUAUAGAGGCAAUUCCAUAGUAGCUCAGACUAAGCUGAUGUACAAGCUUGGGAAGGUUUAUAUUGGGAGGUGUAGAUUUCAAACAACCAUAUUUCCUGGAUUUGUUGAUUGUGUUUUAAUUGCGGCCUUGAUUGUAAUAUUUUUUGAUUAGAUGAAGAUAAUAGAACCCAGAAAUGUAGAUAUACCAUCGUUAAUAUCCAAAAAAAGAGGGAAAAAUGAAUUUCAUUUGGGAAAA